AUGAGUUAUCACGACCGCAAGAACAGCGAUCCCCAAGAGGGUAGUAUCGCACCAAGCUACCACGAGCUCGAAACAACAAGACGAUGGCAGACAAUUCCACAAGAAGAUGAAGACAUCACAGCUUACGAUCCCUACACUUCCCAAACUACCACCCAAGACUCAACCACAAAACAAGACCCGCCGCCUCAACAAGAUGAUGAAGAAGCGCAAAUGCCACUCCGCCAAGCACUUAAGAAAUACCCCAAGAUCGCAAUGUACUGCCUCGCCAUGACAAUCCCCGUCAUCGGCUGGGGCUACGACCUCGUCAUCGUCGGCGCCGUCGCAAGCGUCGAUACCUUCAAAGCAGACUACGGAUCAAAAAUCGACGGCGAGAUGGACAUUCCCGGAAACUGGCUGUCCCUCUGGCUUGGUCUUCCGCCCGCUGGUGCAGCGCUCGGUGGUUUGUUGGGCGGAUGGCUACAGAACCGCAUUGGACGAAAACUCACGCUUUUGUUUGGAACGAUCAUUUCUGUCAUUGCGAUUGCGUGUAUUUUCUUCUCGCAUAUGCCUGAGCCGCUUAACAUGAAGCGUACGCUUCUCACGGCUGGUCUGACGAUUCAGGGUUUUUCGGUCGGUGUUAUCAAGACGACUUGUGUAACGUGGGUGUCUGAGAAUACACCGACGGCGCUGCGUGGAUCGGCGAUGGCUUUGUUUCCGGUCUUCACCUUGCUUGGUCAACUCAUUGGUCUUAUUGUUAUCAAGCUCAUCAAUGACAUUGAGAACAGCAGUGGUUAUCUUGGCGCUUUUGGAUCACAGUGGAUUCUCUCCCUCGGCCCUUUUAUCCUUUCUAUCGUCAUGCCAGAAAGCCCUGCUCAUUUGAUCAGGACUGGCCAGGAACAGAGAGCUAUUAAAUCAGCUACUCGUCUGUUCGCUCCCAAGGUCAGUCCAUAUGGUGCACUUGAACGGAUUAGAGCGACCAUCGAAGAAGAGAAGGCUAUCACAGCUUCAGUGAACUACUGGUCUUGUCUCAGGGGCACGAACCUUCGAAGGACGCUUAUUGUGGUACUGGCUUCUAUCAUGCCUGCCCUCUUCGGUUUGGAACUUCUCUCAAAUGCCAGCGUCUUCUUGACAUCUAUGGGCAUGAAGUCGGGAUAUGCCAUCAUGUUCACGCUGGCUGGUAUAGUAGCUGGAAUGCUCGCCAAUGGUCUAAGCUUUUGGCUUCUUUCCCGCGCUGGCCGUCGCAGCUUGACCUUAUUCUCGUUGGCUUCUUCAACACUUCUCUACGGCGCCAUGGGCGUGACUGGCUUUUGGAAGAGUGAGACUCUCACUUGGGCUACAGGAGGAAUCAUGACAGCUGUCAUUGUCGUCUGUGGUAUGGGUGCUUGGCCAGCUGGGUAUGCCAUCCUGGGAGAGACUAGUUCGCUUCAACUCCGAUCUCUCACUCAAGGUUUGGCUGGCAUUGCUGAGAAGGGCUUUUCCAUCAUGCUGGCUGUUGUUCUACCUAUGCUUUUCAGCAGAGAUAAGGCGGCACUAGGCGGAAAGACAGGUUUUCUGUUUUGUGGACUCUGCCUGGUCGGUACUCUCUUGACUUGGUUCUUUAUCCCUGAGAUGAAGGGAAGAAGUGCGAUUGAGAUUGAUCACAUGUUUGAGAUGAGAUUGCCGACGAGAAGAUUCAAGGGCUUCAAGAUGGAGGUGCAUGAAAUCCAAGAGGCUUCCCCUCUCGCAUCACAUGCUAGUUUGUAG